AUGCAUAUUGGUACUCCUGAAUUACAUGAACAGUCAAUAUCUGUUGGACACAAAAAACGCGUUGUUGAUGCGCCGACAAAUCUCAAAACCAGCUUGCAAUAUCGAUCAUCUUCAUGCACCAAUGCUAAAGAAUCAACAGACGCGGAAUGUGUUGAUUUUGUCGACAGCUGCAAAACAUUGAAAAGUGCUUCUCCAGUUGAACGCAAGUCAUGUGAAGUAUGA